AUGGCUUUGUCUGUUUCUUCUUUCGCAUAUUGGCGUUUUCUUUCUUUAAUUUAUCUUUUUAUUAAAUUAACUUUUUUUUUCUUCUUUGCUUUCCUUUCUUUUUUUUUCCACCUCUUACUUUUUCAUUGUCUUUCUUUCACUUUUUUUUUCUGCUUUCUUCUUUUCUUUUUUCAGUCCAGAAUUAUAAGAAUCAUUAGCUAUUUUUCCUUUUUUUUUAUUGCUUGCUUUUUGUUUUCUUUUGUCCAUUCUGCCUUCACCAUUUUUGCCUUUUCUUCUUCAUUACUAUCUUUCAUAUUUGUCAUAGGAUUCUUCCUCUUCCAUUUUUGCCUUUUCUUCUUCAUUACUAUCUUUCAUUUUUGUCAUAGGAUUCUUCCUCUUUUCUUCCUCAACAUUUCCUUUAUCUUUGCCAUUUUUGCCUUUUCUUCUUCAUUACUAUCUAUCAUUUUUUGUCAUAGGAUUCUUCCUCUUUUAAAUCUUUUUUCCGUUUCUUCAUAUUCUCUUGAGACAUUAUUCUUCCCUCCACAUUUCCUUUAUCUCUGCCAUUUUUGCCUUUUCUUCUUCAUUACUAUCUUUCAUUUUUGUCAUAGGAUUCUUCCUCUUGAUUCUUCCUCUUGUAAAUCUUUUUCUGUUUCUUCAUAUUCUCUUGAGACAUUAGUUCUUCCCUCCACAUUUCCUUUAUCUCUGCCAUUUUUGCCUUUUUUCUUCAUUACUAUCUUUCAUUUUUGUCAUAGGAUUCUUCCUCUUACAUUAGUUCUUCCUCCACAUUUCCUUUAUCUCUGCCAUUUUUGCCUUUUUUUCUUCUUCAUUACUAUCUUUCAUUUUUGUCAUAGGAUUCUUCCUCUUGAUUCUUCCUCUUGUAAAUCUAUUUCUGUUUCUUUAUAUUCUCUUGAGACAUUAGUUCUACCCUCCACAUUUCCUUUAUCUUUGCCAUUUUUGGUUUUUUUUCUUCUUCAUUACUAUCUUUCAUUUUGUCAUAGGAUUCUUCUUCUUUUAAAUCUUUUUUCUGUUUCUUUAUAUUCUCUUGAGACAUUAGUUCUUCCCUCCACAUUUCCUUUAUCUCUGCCAUUUUUGCCUUUUUUUCUUCUUCAUUACUAUCUUUCAUUUUUUUUCUUCCCUCCACAUUUCCUUUAUCUCUGCCAUUUUUGCUUUUUCUUCUUCAUUACUUUCUUUCAUAUUUGUCAUAGGAUUCUUCCUCUUUUCUUCCCUCCACAUUUCCUUUAUCGCUGCCAUUUUUGCCUUUUCUUCUUCAUUACUAUCUUUCAUUUUUGUCAUAGGAUUCUUCCUCUUUUCUUCCCUCCACAUUUACUUUAUCUCUGCCAUUUUUGCCUUUUCUUCUUCAUUACUAUCUUUCAUUUUUAUCAUAGGAUUCUUCCUCUUGAUUCUUCCUCUUUUAAAUCUUUUUCCGUUUCUUCAUAUUCUCUUGAGACAUUAGUUCUUCCCUCCACAUUUCCUUUAUCUCUGCCAUUUUUGCUUUUUUUUCUUCAUUACUAUCUUUCAUAUUUCCUUUUCUUCUUCAUUACUAUCUUUCAUUUUUUCCUUUUUUCCUCUUACAUUAGUUCUUCCCUCCACAUUUCCUUUAUCUCUGCCAUUUUUGCCUUUUUCUUCUUCAUUACUAUCUUUCAUUUUUACAUUAGUUCUUCCUCCACAUUUCCUUUAUCUCUGCCAUUUUUUUUUCUUCUUUUCUUCUUUCAUUUUUUACUAGGAUUUUCUUUUAAAUCUUUUUCUUUUCUUUAUAUUCUCUUGAGACAUUAUUUUUCCACAUUUCCUUUUCUCUGCCAUUUUGCCUUUUUUCUUUUCAUUACUAUCUUUCAUUUUUGUCAUAGGAUUCUUCCUCUUGUAAAUCUUUUUUCUGUUUCUUUAUAUUCUCUUGAGACAUUAGUUCUUCCCUCCACAUUUCCUUUAUCUCUGCCAUUUUUGCUUUUUUCUUCUUCAUUACUAUCUUUCAUUUUUGAUUCUUCCUCUUUUAAAUCAUUUUCUGUUUCUUUAUAUUCUCUUGAGACAUUAGUUCUUCCUCCACAUUUCCUUUAUCUCUGCCAUUUUGCCUUUUUUCUUCUUCAUUACUAUCUUUCAUUUUUUUCUUCCCUCCACAUUUCCUUUAUCUCUGCCAUUUUUGCCUUUUCUUCUUCAUUACUAUCUUUCAUUUUUGUCAUAGGAUUCUUCCUCUUUUCUUCCUCCACAUUUCCUUUAUCUCUGCCAUUUUGCCUUUUCUUCUUCAUUACUAUCUUUCAUUUUUGUCAUAGGAUUCUUCCUCUUUUCUUCCCUCCACAUUUCCUUUAUCUCUGCCAUUUUGCCUUUUUCUUCUUCAUUACUAUCUUUCAUUUUUGUCAUAGGAUUCUUCCUCUUGAUUCUUCCUCUUGUAAAUCUUUUUCUGUUUCUUUAUAUUCUCUUGAGACAUUAGUUCUUCCCUCCACAUUUUUUAUCUCUGCCAUUUUUGCUUUUUUUUCUUCAUUACUAUCUUUCAUAUUUACAUUAGUUCUUCCUCCACAUUUCCUUUAUCUCUGCCCAUUUUGCCUUUUUUCUUCAUUAUUACUCUUUCAUUUUUGUCAUAGGAUUCUUCCUCUUUUCUUCCCUCCACAUUUCCUUUAUCUCUGCCAUUUUUGCCUUUUUCUUCUUCAUUACUAUCUUUCAUUUUGUCAUAGGAUUCUUCCUCUUGAUUCUUUUUUAAAUCUUUUUUCUGUUUCUUUACUAUUCUUUCAUUUUUCCCUCCACAUUUCCUUUAUCUCUGGAUUUUCUUUUCUUCUUCAUUACUAUCUUUUUUUUCUGAUUCUUCCUCUUUUCUUCCCUCCACAUUUCCUUUAUCUCUGCCAUUUUUGCCUUUUCUUCUUCAUUACUAUCUUUCAUUUUUGUCAUAGGAUUCUUCCUCUUGAUUCUUCUUCUUUUAAAUCUUUUUUUCUGUUUCUUUUAUAUUCUCUUGAGACAUUAGUUCUUCCUCCAUUUUUCCUUUAUCUCUGCCAUUUUUGCUUUUUCUUCUUCAUUACUAUCUUUCAUUUUUACAUUAGUUCUUCCCUCCACAUUUCCUUUAUCUCUGCCAUUUUGCCUUUUUUCUUCUUCAUUACUAUCUUUCAUUUUUGUCAUAGGAUUCUUCCUCUUUUAAAUCUUUUUUCUGUUUCUUUAUAUUCUCUUGAGACAUUAGUUCUUCCUCCACAUUUCCUUUAUCUCUGCCAUUUUUGCCUUUUCUUCUUCAUUACUAUCUUUCAUUUUUUUCUUCCCUCCACAUUUCCUUUAUCUCUGCCAUUUUGCCUUUUCUUCUUCAUUACUAUCUUUCAUUUUUGUCAUAGGAUUCUUCCUCUUACAUUAGUUCUUCCCUCCACAUUUCCUUUAUCUCUGCCAUUUUUUGCCUUUUCUUCUUCAUUACUAUCUUUCAUUUUUUGUCAUAGGAUUCUUCCUCUUACAUUAGUUCUUCCCCUCCAUUUUUUUUAUCUCUGCCAUUUUUGCCUUUUCUUCUUCAUUACUAUCUUUCAUUUUUGUCUUAGGAUUCUUCCUCUUUUAAAUCUUUUUUCUGUUUCUUUAUAUUCUCUUGAGACAUUAGUUCUUUCCUCCACAUUUCCUUUUAUCUCUGCCAUUUUUGCCUUUUUUUCUUCAUUACUAUCUUUCAUUUUUGAUUCUUCCUCUUUUAAAUCUUUUUUCUGUUUCUUUAUAUUCUUUGAGACAUUAGUUCUUCCCUCCACAUUUCCUUUAUCUCUGCCAUUUUUGCCUUUUCUUCUUCAUUACUAUCUUUCAUACAUUAGUCUUCCCUCCACAUUUCCUUUAUCUCUGCCAUUUUUGCCUUUUUUCUUCUUCAUUACUAUCUUUCAUUUUUGUCAUAGGAUUCUUCCUCUUACAUUAGUUCUUCCCUCCACAUUUCCUUUAUCUCUGCCAUUUUUUUUUUCUUCUUCAUUCAUUAUCUUUCAUUUUUAUCAUAGGAUUCUUCCUCUUGUAAAUAUUUUUUUUUCUGUUUCUUUAUAUUCUCUUGAGACAUUAGUUCUUCCCUCCACAUUUCCUUUAUCUCUGCCAUUUUGCCUUUUCUUCUUCAUUACUAUCUUUCAUUUUUUCUUCCCUCCACAUUUUUUUUAUCUCUGCCAUUUUUGCCUUUUCUUCUUCAUUACUAUCUUUCAUUUUUGUCAUAGGAUUCUUCCUCUUUUCUUCCCUCCACAUUUCCUUUAUCUCUGCCAUUUUUGCCUUUUCUUCUUCAUUACUAUCUUUCAUUUUUAUCAUAGGAUUCUUCCUCUUACAUUAGUUCUUCCCUCCACAUUUCCUUUAUCUCUGCCAUUUUGCCUUUUUUCUUCUUCAUUACUAUUUUUCAUUUUUGUCAUAGGAUUCUUCCUAUUUUCUUCCCUCCACAUUUCCUUUAUCUCUGCCAUUUUGCCUUUUCUUCUUCAUUACUAUCUUUCAUUUUGUCAUAGGAUUCUUCCUCUUUUAAAUCUUUUUUCUGUUUCUUCAUAUUCUCUUGAGACAUUAGUUCUUCCCUCCACAUUUUUCAUUUUUUAUCUCUCUGCCAUUUUGCCUUUUCUUCUUCAUUACUAUCUUUUCAUUUUUCAUAGGAUUCUUCCUCUUGUAAAUCUUUUUCUGUUUCUGUUUUAUAUUCUCUUUGAGACAUUAGUUCUUCCUCCACAUUUCCUUUAUCUCUGCCAUUUUUGCCUUUUCUUCUUCAUUACUAUCUUUCAUAUUUGUCAUAGGAUUCUUCCUCUUACAUUAGUUCUUCCUCCACAUUUCCUUUUAUCUCUGCCAUUUUUUGCCUUUUCUUCUUCAUUACUAUCUUUCAUUUUUUAUCAUAGGAUUCUUCCUCUUACAUUAGUUCUUCCCUCCACAUUUCCUUUAUCUCUGCCAUUUUUUGCCUUUUUCUUCUUCAUUACUAUCUUUCAUUUUUGUCAUAGGGAUUCUUCCUCUUUUAAAUCUUUUUCUGUUUCUUCAUAUUCUCUUGAGACAUUAGUUCUUCCCUCCACAUUUCCUUUAUCUCUGCCAUUUUUGCCUUUUUUCUUCAUUACUAUCUUUCAUAUUUGUCAGGAUUCUUCCUCUUACAUUAGUUCUUCCCUCCACAUUUCCUUUAUCUCUGCCAUUUUUUGCCUUUUUCUUCUUCAUUACUCUCUUUCAUUUUUUGUCAUAGGAUUCUUCCUCUUUUCUUCCUCCACAUUUCCUUUAUCUCUGCCAUUUUUUGCCUUUUCUUCUUCAUUACUAUCUUUCAUUUUUUGUCAUAGGAUUCUUCCUCUUUUCUUCCCUCCACAUUUCCUUUAUCUCUGCCAUUUUUGCCUUUUCUUCUUCAUUACUAUCUUUCAUUUUUGUCAUAGGAUUCUUCCUCUUGUACAUCUUUUUCUGUUUCUUUUAUAUUCUCUUGAGACAUUAGUUUCUUCCUCCACAUUUCCUUUAUCUCUGCCAUUUUUGCCUUUUUCUUCUUCAUUACUAUCUUUCAUUUUUUGUCAUAGGAUUCUUCCUCUUGUAAAUCUUUUUUCUGUUUCUUUAUAUUCUCUUGAGACAUUAGUUCUUCCCUCCACAUUUUUUAUCUCUGCCAUUUUUGCCUUUUUCUUCUUCAUUACUAUCUUUCAUUUUUGUCACAGGAUUCUUCCUCUUUUCUUCCUCCACAUUUCCUUUAUCUCUGCCAUUUUGCCUUUUCUUCUUCUUUACUUUUUUCAUUUUUGUCUUAGGAUUUUUCCUCUUUUCAUUACUUUAUAUUCUCUUGACUUAUUUUCUUUGUCACAUUUCCUUUUCUCUCUGCCAUUUUUGCCUUUUCUUCUUCAUUUAUCUUUCAUUUUACAUCUUUUCAUUUUUUCUUCCCUCCACAUUUCCUUUAUCUCUGCCAUUUUUGCCUUUUCUUCUUCAUUACUAUCUUUCAUUUUUACAUUAGUUCUUCCCUCCACAUUUCCUUUAUCUCUGCCAUUUUUGCCUUUUCUUCUUCAUUACUAUCUUUCAUUUUAUCAUAGGAUUCUUCCUCUUACAUUAGUUCUUCCUCCACAUUUCUUUUAUCUCUGCCAUUUUUGCCUUUUUUUUUUCUUCUUCAUUACUAUCUUUCAUACAUUAGUUCUUCCCUCCACAUUUUUUUUUAUCUCUGCCAUUUUUGCCUUUUUCUUCUUCAUUACUAUCUUUCAUUUUUGUCAUAGGAUUCUUCCUCUUGUAAAUCUUUUUUCUGUUUCUUUAUAUUCUCUUGAGACAUUAGUUCUUCCCUCCACAUUUUCCUUUAUCUCUGCCAUUUUUGCCUUUUUCUUCUUCAUUACUAUCUUUCAUGUUUGUCAUAGGAUUCUUCCUCUUUACAUUAGUUCUUCCUCCACAUUUCCUUUAUCUCUGCCAUUUUUGCCUUUUUCUUCUUCAUUACUUUUUCAUUUUUGUCAUAGGAUUCUUCCUAUUUUUCUUCCCUCCACAUUUACUUUAUCUCUGCCAUUUUGCCUUUUCUUCUUCAUUACUAUCUUUCAUUUUUUUGUCAUAGGAUUCUUCCUCUUUAAAUCUUUUUCUGUUUCUUUAUAUUCUCUUGAGACAUUAGUUCUUCCCUCCACAUUUCCUUUAUCUCUGCCAUUUUUUUGCCUUUUCUUCUUCAUUACUAUCUUUCAUUUUUACAUUAGUUCUUCCUCCACAUUUCCUUUUAUCUCUGCCAUUUUUUUUUUUUCUUCUUCAUUACUAUUUUUCAUUUUUUGUCAUAGGAUUCUUCCUAUUGUAAAUCUUUUUUCUGUUUCUUUAUAUUCUUUUGAGACAUUAGUUCUUCCCUCCACAUUUCCUUUAUCUCUGCCAUUUUUGCCUUUUCUUCUUCAUUACUAUCUUUCAUUUUGUCAUAGGAUUCUUCCUCUUGAUUCUUCCUCUUUUAAAUCUUUUUCCGUUUCUUCAUAUUCUCUUGAGACAUUAGUUCUUCCCUCCCACAUUUACUUUAUCUCUGCCAUUUUUUUGCCUUUUCUUCUUCAUUACUAUCUUUCAUACAUUAGUUCUUCCCUCCACAUUUUUUUUAUCUCUGCCAUUUUUUGCCUUUUCUUCUUCAUUACUAUCUUUCAUGUUUGUCAUGAUUCUUCCUCUUACAUUAGUUCUUCCCUCCACAUUUCCUUUAUCUCUGCCAUUUUUUGCCUUUUCUUCUUCAUUACUAUCUUUCAUUUUAUCAUAGGAUUUUCCUCUUACAUUAGUUCUUCCCUCCACAUUUCCUUUAUCUCUGCCAUUUUGCCUUUUUUCUUUCUUCUUCAUUACUAUUUUUCAUUUUGUCAUAGGAUUCUUCCUCUUUUCUUCCUCCACAUUUCCUUUAUCUCUGCCAUUUUUGCCUUUUCUUCUUCAUUACUAUCUUUCAUUUUUUGUCACAAGAUUCUUCCUCUUGAUUCUUCCUCUUUUAAAUCUUUUUCUGUUUCUUCAUAUUCUCUUGAGACAUUAGUUCUUUCCUCCACAUUUCCUUUAUCUCUGCCAUUUUGCCUUUUCUUCUUCAUUACUAUCUUUCAUUUUUACAUUAGUUCUUCCCUCCACAUUUCCUUUAUCUCUGCCAUUUUUGCCUUUUCUUCUUCAUUACUAUCUUUCAUGUUUGUCAUAGGAUUCUUCCUCUUUUCUUCCCUCCACAUUUUUUUAUCUCUGCCAUUUUUUGUUUUUUUCUUUUCAUUACUAUCUUUCAUGUUUCCACAUUUUCUGGAUUCUUCCUCUCUUGUAAAUUUUUUUAUGUUUCUUUCAUAUUCUCUUGAGACAUUAGUUCUUCCCUCCACAUUUUCCUUUAUCUCUGCCAUUUUGCCUUUUUUCUUCUUCAUUACUAUCUUUCAUUUUUUUCUUCCCUCCACAUUUCCUUUAUCUCUGCCAUUUUGCCUUUUCUUCUUCAUUACUAUCUUUCAUUUUUGUCAUUGGAUUCUUCCUCUUGUAAAUCUUUUUUUCCGUUUCUUCAUAUUCUCUUGA